GCGGCGUCUCUCCACUUCCGCUCUUUCCUCCCGUUACUUAGUAACCAACUCACGCUUUUAGCUUGCUAGCUGGGUUAGCACCAUAGACUGUAUAUAUAAAGGUUAGCACCAACAACCAUGGACGAUGAUGGCGACGAUCUGGAUGAACUGCUGGAUGAAGUUGAAAACAAGUUUUGUAGAAACGUUUCUGUCGGAUGUUCGGCUCGCGUGGACCCGAAGGAGUCCCGGAAAGACAACGAAGAACAGAGAACACAGAGUGCCACUAAACCCACACAGUCGAUGAGCAGCGUCACUGACGAUAUUGACGCCCUCUUGGAGGAAUUACUGGAGGAAGACUACAGCGAUUCCCCUCCACGAAAGGCAGAAGCGGCUCCUAAAGGACCGGAGGAGAAGAAGCUUUCGUCUCAGUCCGGAGGGAGAAAGUGCUGUCCUGUUUUCGUUGGCGGGAGCUCCGUCACUAACGGAGUCGGAACAGCGACAUCCAAGAGGUCAUGUGACCAGUUGAGGUGUACGUCAUGUGACUUCCGGGUGCUGAUGUUCGAUGACUGCGAGUGGGACCCGUCCUGCGAUUACCUGUUCUUCAGGAACAACAUGCCGGAGCGUCAGAAGCUGGGGUCGCGGCUGAGGAGGAGGAGAGGUCAGAGGUCGUACGCCUGUCAGUGCAGCUGGAUCUCUGCGUCAGAGGCUGCAGAUCUCAGGGGUCGUCCUCAGCUCAGAUGGGUCUGCGGCAAACACCACGACUGAGAUACUGAAACACCCUCUCCGGAGAACUCAGACGUUUAGGACGGAGAACCUUCUGCCGCUCAUCAGCUCUUUUCUGUCUCUCAUUCUCCACAAAACUCACAUCCUCAGACAGAGAAAUCUGCACAAGUAGGAAAUAACUUUUGGGAAGCUUCAACCCCCAUAUCAGAAUCAGAAUGAGAUGAAAACCACAACGUACGGUCCCACGGCCAUAACAUCAUAACAUGCUGCUUUUCAUUAUAUCAGGCUUUACAUCCAGAGACCACUGCUGGCGUCUCUGAGAGGAAAAGUGAUCGAGACAGUGUUACCAGAGGCCUGUACUACGAAGCCGGAUUUUCCUAACCUGGAUAUGUUUGAGUUAGCCGGUUGGCCCAAUCCAAAACAUACGCGCUCUCGCUAAGCUGUUCUACGACGCUGGUUAUCAAGUGGAUCGCUCAAGCCAGCCG